GAGAACAUGCAGAGAGAGUAACCUGAGCUCAGGUAUUGUACAUCAAAUCAUUGUAUUAAGAAACAAAAUAGUAUACAGUACUAAGAUUUCCUACAUUGUUAUAUAAAGUGUUACUGCUUUUGCUGAAGUGCUAUUAAAAUAGGUCUAAAGAAAAGAAAAUGAGAAAUGACAAAGAGCAGCAGCUCAUCAGUCAUGCAGUGGAGAGAGUAUAUUUAAUUCCAUGCACACUUUCUCCGUCUACCCAUCAGCAUAGCGCAGGUUGAUUCUGCCAUGGGGACAGAGAUUUUCACUAUUGAUUUAGUUUAAAUCAACUACAAUUUCACCUCUGCGCUCUUGUUCAGUCAUUCAGCUGUCUGGGUUUUUCACUUGUUAUGCUCUCUGUGGGUUUCAAACAAUGAUAGAAUGACUACUACAGGUAAACUGUGCUGUUAUCCAAGCAUUUGCAGACAAAUCAAGACACAAAAGAUGAAAAAAAUAAUGGCGUCCUGGAGCCGUGACUCAUUUGAAUCUUUGCAACAUGCUCUCACAUAAUACAUGAAAGAAUAUUAUUCAUAUUAUACAAUAUAUGAUUAAAAAAAAAAUGUAUCCACCAGAUUUAAACAUUUACAUUUUGAAGCUAGCUUCAUCUUAUUGGCAGACAACAAUAUGGAUAGCUUAACAGAGUCCAGAAAAAUAUGUGUCUGAGAAAAGAUUGCAUUCACCUUUAGGGUCAGCAGAUAGCCGUCCAAAAACUUGCACCAUGCAUGAAUUUUGAAUAGUACUCAAAUGUGCAGACACAAUACAAAAGACCUUUUCUGAAGGUCGGCGGGUUUUCUUCACUUCCCGUGAGCUGAAUUCACCUCUUAAUGAUAAAGACUUCCAUCACUUCACAGUAAAGACUUUCAUUAAACAUCUAAAAGGCCAUGUCUUGGCAUGGCAUUUAGAGAUUUAGAAUGAAUGUAAUAGAAAAAUAAAAGAAAGUUGAGUCUCACAUUGUUCCAGUUCAGCGCAUACCCUAAGGCAAUAACAACAAAGGACAAAUGCACCAUUAAUGAGUUAGAGUUGAACUUGCUUUCUCUUUUUCCUCCUCAGUUCAUUCCAGAUCUGAGAAUUUAUGCUUGUGAAUUGUGAAAGAGCGGAAUACUGGACUGCACCUUCUUCUUGAAAAGACAAUGCAGCAUGUUUAUGUAAGCUACACAAGCCUUGGUGACAAUGAACAACAUGGCAUACAGCACGCCGGUGAAAAAAACACACAGGAGAAGAUAAUUAUCUCUAAUGAACGCCCCUGGAAACCGUGGCAGCCUGCCCGAUCACAGAUCACAGGGUGUGUGAGGCGUGUUCAGACCGCUUUGCUCUCUUUGGCCGGGUUGGAGUGGUACUGUUAUGCUGCCUUGGGAGUCCUCACUGCUUUUAUGAGCUUCUGUAUGGACCUGACAAUAGGCAAGCUCCUGCGAGCCCACCAGUGGCUAUAUGACUGUCUGGAGGGUAAUAUCCUGCUGCAAUUCCUGUGCUGGACACUGUACCCUACCUGCCUCUGUGCUCUCUCAACCAGCUUCUCUCACAGCAUCUGCCCCCAGUCUGCAGGCUCAGGACUGCCUGAGAUUAGGACCAUCCUCUCAGGUGUGCAGUUGGCAGACUAUCUCUCUCUCUCAAAUCUCUUUGCUAAACUCAUUGGUCUUAUCAGCACACUGUCUGCAGGUAGCACUGUGUUCCUUGGAAAAGUGGGUCCAUUUGUCCAUCUGUCAAAUAUGGUGGGAGCAUACCUGUACCGUCUGUAUGCCUCUGCUUGUGGUGAAAAGCAGAGGAGAACUCAAGGAGAGAUGUUGGUUGUGGCGUCAGCGGUGGGCAUAGCCAGCUGUUUUGGGGCUCCAAUCAGCGGAGUGCUUUUCAGUAUUGAAGUCAUGGGCAGUCACUAUUCCGUGCGAGAUUACUGUCCAUGUUUCUUUGCUGCAGUCUGCGGAUCCCUCACUUACCGUCUUCUCUCUGUGUGCAGCAGAGAACAAGAAACAGUGCAAGCUGUGUUUAAGACCACGUUCCCAAGCGAGAUCCCAUACCAGCCACCUGAAAUAUUGAUUUUUGCUUUCCUGGGACUGCUGUGUGGAGCUAUAAGCUGUGUUUACCUCUACAGCCAUCGGUGGAUUCUCCGUUUUGUCAGAACAAACAAAUUCAUCAGCAGGUUCAUGGCAACAGAAAAGACAUUAUAUUCAGCAACCGUAGCAUUCCUUCUGGCAUCAGUGACCUUCCCUCACACGGGAGGAUCUUUCAUAGCUUCCCGGCUCUCGAUGAAACAGCUACUCUCCUCCUUACUAGAUAGCACUCAGUGGAACUUAAUUUCCCACAAUACCACAUUAGCGCGGGAAUCCCUUCAUUCCUUUUGGCAAGAGUGGAGUCCACCUGGAUACAGUGUUUAUCACACACUUGGAUGCUUCAUUCUCAUUAAGCUUUGGCUGUUGGUCUUGGCCUGCACCUUACCACUGCCUGCUGGCUACUUCAUGCCUGUCUUCAUUUACGGUGCUGCUUUAGGCCGUUUGCUGGGUGAGGGAUUGGCCUAUCUCUUCCCAGAUGGAAUCUCAUCAGGGGAGAGGCUGAGUGUGAUAAACCCAGGGGGCUACGCUUUAGUGGGAGCAGCAGCGUUUGCAGGGGCUGUGACACACACGUUGUCACCUGCUCUUUGUGCUCUGGAGCUAACUGGGCAGUCCACUCAUGUUGUCCCUAUUCUGACAGCCACACUGAUAUCCAAUGCUCUGGCACGCUCUAGGCAUCAGCCAUCCUUCUAUGAUGGUAUAUCGCUCAUUAAGAAACUGCCACACCUGCCCUCUCUUAUCAGGGCCUGUCCAAAACUGUCCUCAGUCCAGAUUAGGCAGUUUGUGGUGCCAGUAGGGGCUGUACUCCAGCGAGCCGAGGGAGUGACGGGAGUACAGCAUAUCCUGAACUCCAGCAAAGAAAAUGAGUUCCCCGUAGUUGACACACAUGACUCUCUCACACUUCUAGGAACCAUCACGAGAGCACAGCUGCAGACUUUCCUGCUCUCAAACCAAAGUGAGGAUUUGUGCAAAAGCCUGGAGGAUGAGUGCUCUAUUCAACCUGUAAAGCUGCAGCUUUCUACUGAUGCUACUGUAAAGCAGGCCCACUGCAUCAUGAGUGUUUUGAGAGAGCAGUGUGUGUUUGUCACAGAGAAGGGAAAGCUGUGUGGUGUCAUUACAUGGAAAGAGAUGAAGAACAUGAUUGAAAAACUGGCCGAGGAAAUCUGAUGAACCAGUUGGAUAAACGAGCACUAUUAGUCAUCAUACACUCACACUUCAUAACUCAAUGGAUCAUUUUUUGCUAAUCACAACCUCAAAAUAUUUCAUCAAGCGGUGAUUUGCUGUGACGAUCAUGUUCAUGUACAGCUCUAAUUACUCAUAUGCAAAUAAUCUUAUCUGUGGAGAUUGCUGUUGGCCAGCAGGCUGCUUCCUGGAACUGAGACAGUAGGAGCUCUUUAUUCGGUGCCAUGACUAAGGAGUCUCACUCCUGUGUUCUGUUUAUAGGCCUGAGGGCAGGCCAAGUGAUAAACAUUUAUUAAAAUCAGCCAUGUGUACCCAGUUCAAAUGGAGGAGAUGAGGGAGGUGUAAUUAAAUGAAGCAGCCGCUGAGCACCAUUCGACCUAUCGCUCUUAUAGGACGAGCACUCCUGGCUAACCUAACAAACCAAAUGAUAACACUGAUUCUGUUUAUGGCUGAAUGAGUAUGCCCUUCAGCUCAUGCUAAAAUGAAGACAGAAUGUAGGAAACACAUUUACAAAGAACACAACCCAGAUAGAUCAUAGCUCAAUCUACACCAAAAGGAAAUAAAGCAUGUCAGCUUCUGAUAC